AUGUCCGUGUCGGAUUCUUCAGAAGAGGAAGAUUUAUCUCGGUUUAAAGAAGUUGUAGAUACAAGUUUCACCAACGAUAUAAAACCUGCAUACAAUACAACACCAGAAGUUAAGAAAAAAUCUGAGAGGUAUUUAGCAGAUUCAACGCAUUAUAAUGAUGUGAAAGUCCCUAAAGAAUUACAAAUUCAAAUUGGCAAGAAAAUUUCCUCCAUCAUUAGCAGAACUGUUGAAUUUGUUGACAUAGAACCAAAAAAAAUUAAAAGAAAAAUAAAAGGUGGUGUAAGGCUAUUCAGCGAUUCAGAUGAGUAUUUAUCUUGUCAUGAAGCUGAAGACAAAUUUACACAAAAUCAUAAUGUAAAGGCAAAAAAGUUGAAUCAAAUAAAAGAAUGUGUGGAAAUUGAUGAAGAAGUAAUAAAAUCAGUUGCAGUGAGUGGGGAAUAUGUUUUAUCAAAAGAAGAAAUUAAAUGUUGGAAGUCCCGAAGAAAAGAAAAAGUUUUUAAAUAUAAAUCUAAUGGUAAAGGUGCUCUAAUUUCUACUGAAUAA